GAAACACUGGUGCGCAUGCAUAGGCAUAACUUAAUUAGCAUUCAUUACACGUAACAAAAUAGAUUUUGUGUGCUCAGCACUGUGGUUUCACGCGGAACCCGUCGUACAAUGUAGAAAUAUUUCCAUUGUCUUGAUUGGUUAGGUGCUGUGUGCUCUUGUGUAUUCAUUACAAUACGUACAUCAAAACGGUGCAUUCAAAAACAUAGCUAUACGUACAGAGUUCACGAUUUCAAGAAAUAAGGUAUAUAUACGUUGAAGAGAAAGCGAAACCACCCUUUUUGAAGUGUGUUUAACAGAAUUGCAGGAAUUGGUUUUUCUGCAGGUCAAUUAUUUGUGACGUGUGAUCAGGUGCUAUAUUGUAUCCGUGCGUGUUCCGGUGCAGCCGCAGACAGACUGUAGGGAAUUUAGAUGCUGAAGGAGCUAGUUGACUUACAUAGAUGGCAGUCAAAUAGACAAUGGAUUCUGACGAUGAGUAUGGCAACAAUACUGGCAGCAGAACAGGCCCACUAAGAAUUCUCAAUCUUGAUGACGAUGAAACAGAAAAUACAAAUGGUACAAGAAGGAAUAGCAGACAAGGAGGCAGAUCCAGCGGUCCAGGAGGAGGACACCAAAGAAACCCUGAGUCUUCUCAGAGUAGAAGUGAAAGCAGAGGCGGUAAUGCAGAGAGAGGACAUAGAGGAGAUGGCCGAAGACGAGGCAGUAGGGGUGGAAGAGGCGGGUCUAGAGGAGCAUCUGGUGGAUUGACUCGAGGAGCAUCUGGUGGAUUGACUCGAGGAGCUGCUGACCUCCGAAGAUAUUCUUCUCUCAGUAGAUUGGAUACGGUACCAAACAGAAAUGAGGAUGUACAAGAUGCUACUAAUGCUAGAUACCGUGAUAGUUCGAGACCAAGAAGAAAUGAUACUCGUUCCAGACCACCAAGAAUGUUUGGCUACAGGAAACUCAGUGAGCUCAGUGAAAAGACCAAUUCAGAUGAUGUUCUAAUGGAAUUACUGUUGGAAAGUAGUGGAUUUCAAACUCUAUUAAAGAACAUUAACAUGCAGAUCGACUGGAGUAGAUUGCUUCUAUCUGUACUAGGAAAAGCUUGCUCCUCUUCUAAAAGCCACAGCAAGUUACAAUUAGUGGGAUUAAUGGUUCAAGAGAAUGUCAUGAUGCUUCAAGUGACCACAUUCCUUGCAAAAAUCAAGUCCAGGAUUGCUGUGAUGCCCCCUUACCAUCUUCAGUGCAUAAUUCAAGAUGUCUGCAAGAUAAUGAAAGAGUUGAUGCAACGAAUGCCACAGGAGGUCCACACUGUUAGUAGUGCUGUGUUGAUGUUAGAUGCUAUUGCUGAGGACCAUACAUUCAAUUUACAACAGAAUCCAGAUAUUUUGGAAUUGAUUAAUGAUGUAUCUACAAUUAUGAAAACACUUGUACAGGACAUUGACAACCAAAGAAGAGAUAAAAACAUUCAACCUGGUGGCCGACGGAAUCAUAGAGACAUGGAAUCAUUGCCUCCCCCUAACAAUUUCAGAGAACUUCCGAUACUGCCUGAUCUGAAGGACCUGCAAUUCAAUGAGACACCAAAUGGAGGCUGUACCACACCAUGUGAAACACGUCUACCUUGUGGUCAUGUUUGUGAACAAUAUUGUCAUAUCUUUGACAGUGCUCAUCAGAAAUACCGUUGUUUGAAGCCAUGUGCUCAGGUUUGCGAUAAAGGACAUGUUUGCACUAAGAAAUGCUGGGAAGAGUGUGGGAAAUGCAUGAAGAACAUUAUCAAGACUAUUCCAGUUUGCAGGCACGAGCAAUUAGGCCCAUGUCAUCAGGAUCCCCACAGUUUCAAGUGUCGGUCAAAAUGCGAGAAAAAGCUGAUUUGUGGUCACAUAUGCAGCGGAACUUGUGGAAAGUGUAAAGAAUACAACACCCACCAGAUUCAAUGUCCAGAGCUCAUUCAGCGCAAAUUGAUUUGUGGACACUUCAUACAGUGCAAAUGUUACCAAAGAAUUGAAGACUUCUCUUGCACUGAAAAGUGCACUACUAAAUUAGAUUGCGGUCAUCCCUGUUCUGGAACAUGUGGAGGUUGUUUCCAAGGACGCUUACAUGUUCCUUGCUUCGAGAAGUGCACUGACCGCAAGAUGAAUACAUCGGAGAGGACCAAUUCAGGCUCAUCAGUAAGGAUAUCGUACGACAGAGAAUCUCUACAACGCUUGAGAACAUCACCUUAUUCAGGUGUAGUUCCUCGGUGUCUUCAUAGAGCAGAUCUUCUAUCCAUUCUGAACAUCCCUAACGACAGGGCAACCACAGAAACAAAAGAAGUUAUAGAAUCAGAAGAGGUUACGGAAGCGAAUAGAGAAUCCAUUAGGAGCAUGGCUCCCUCCACCAGAGAAGAUGUGAUAAGCCGUGCCCAAAUCAACUCCUACGGGUUACAAUGGACUGACCCUAAGCCUGUUGUUCCGGUAGGGCAAACAUAUGUUACACACGGAGACGCCGGAUUAAGAAAGACUUCCUUUACCUCUCAAACCGACAGGAAGCUUGAAGCUGAAGAGGCAAUGGACAUCAAUAAGGAGGCGGUUAGGAAAAUGAGUGUCCCCUCUAGAAAAGAAGUGAUCGAUGGUGACCAUUACAACCCAACUGGCUAUCAGUGGACAGAUCCUAAACCUGUUAUGCGAGCUGCAAACACAUCGUCACAACAAGCAGACGUAGGAAUGAAACCGCCGUGCUUUAUCCUUACAACGGACGUUAAGAGGGAAACUACAAGAUCUGAAGAGUCUAUGGAAAUUGAAACGAGGUCAGUUAGGGAUAGGAUUAGCCGUUUCCAAAGCAAACCCGCCGGCUAUCAGUUGACAGACCCUAAACCUGUUGAACAUGCUGCAAAACCAACGUCACGUCCAGCAGACUCAGAAUGGAGAAAGGCGUACUUUACUCAUCAAACGGACGUUAAAACUGAAAUUACGUCUUCAUACGAAGAAUACCGAAGACCAGAUGUGAAGCCUGUUAGACCGAAAUACUCACAAUCCGCACCGGAAGUAGAAACAGAAUUGAAAAAGACAAACGAUAGGAUUCAGAUAGAAUCGGAGACAGACUCGGUGCCUGCCAAUCCACCAAUCGUUGGUCAAAAGCAGCGAACGAAGAUGUUGUUCCAGUGCAUUGAGAACAACUGUACUCAGUUGGAGGCUCCUGGACUUUCCGGGCGAUGUCAGGAACACUAUGCAUGCGCGAAGUGUCCCUACUGGAGCGAUUAAAAAAGUUCUGGAAAAAUUGAUUGUACAUGCAUUUCCAUGGCAGAUAUCACUUCGUUAAGCAUACAACAUUGAGAGUUGUACAUCACUCUCGAUUACAUUCAUAAAAAGGAAAUAGUUACGACCACAGGGAAAUGUCGGAUUCUAUUGUCUAUGGAUCCUACCUCUGUGAGAAAUGAAACUAAGGUAUCGCUGACUUUAAUCUGGUGUCGUUAUAUAUCAUAAAAACAUAGUAUAUACCUGUGUAUAUUAAUUCAUUAUAUGUGUGAACACUUUAGCAUGUAGGCGUUACAUGGUAUCACAGGAAAUGACGUCAAUCUGUCCCUUAUAUCCAUGUAAUACAGAAAGGUAAGAUCAUAUUAUAUGUCAAUGCGGCCGCUACCUUACUUCAUUUACAUUGUUGAUCAUUAUGCGUCAUUUCAUGUUUUGUUCUGUUUUUUUUUUUUUUUUGGG